UAUACCGGUCUGACAUGAACUUUAUGCGAGGAGUUGGAUGUAUUACUCCAGGGGCCCUAGAGAUUGAAGGAAGGAAGAAAGCUUCUGAACUCAUCAGCGAGAGUAAAUAUCGUCAGCAGCCACAUUCCUUCAAGUACACAUCGGUGACAGACUCUCCUGGCCUCCUUCAUGCAAAAUUCAGCAAUAUGAUUGCUAAUGAGCGCAUAUAUAAAGCGGCAGGAGAGGACAGUCAGCAUCACUAUACACCAACACUGGGUCUGCCUGAGUUUACACGGGCAAGAAUAAAUGCAGCCAACCUCAGCGAUGCAAAAUACAGGGAAUCUUGGCAUAAUCUACGUGCUCAAGGCUACAAGCUGACAGCGGAAGCACUCCCAUUCCAGACUGCCAGGGCCUCCAGAGAAAUUGCCAGUGAUUACCAAUAUAAACACAACUUUGUGAUGGAGAGAGGAAAGCAUAUUGGUGCCAGAAGUGUUCUGGAUGACACCAGGUUGCUGCAUUGUUUGCAUGCUGCCAAAUUACAGAGUGAACAGGAGUAUAAGAAGGGAUCCCAAGAAGUGUGGUCUCAGUACCAUCUGCCCAUGGACAUGGUGAAUCUUGUCCAUGCCAGGAAAGCCCAGGCCUUAGCAAGCGAUCAAGAUUACAGAAAGAGGCUCCAUGAAUUUACAGCACUCCCAGAAGACAUGAAGAUGAAAUGGGCCAAAAGAGCCCACAUGCUACAGAGUGAGCAUCGCUAUAAAUCAGACCUGAACUUCAUGAAAGGAGUUGGUUGGAUAGCUCUGAGAUCUCCGCAGAUAGAAAGUGUAAAGAAGGCUGGAGAGCUCAUCAGUGAGAUAAAGUACCGUCAGAAGCCAGAAAGUUUGAAGUUCACUGCUGUGGUUGACUCUCCAGAUCUGAUCCAUGCUAAGAACAGCUACCUCCAGUGCAGUGACAGACUGUACAAGGCUGGAGACUCCGAAGCCAGGCACAGGUACACCCUGCCUCCUGAUCACCCGGAUUUUAUCCGAGCCCGCCAGAAUGCACUUCACAUCAGUGAUAAAUUGUAUAAAACAUCUUGGGAACAGACAAGGGCAUCUGGCUAUGAUUUUAGGAUUGAUGCCAUCCCAUUCCAGACAGCAAAGGCUUCAAGAGAGAUUGCUAGUGAUUACAAAUACAGAGAAGCCUUCCUGAGAGACAGAGGGCAGCAGAUUGGAUUCCUCAGUGCAAAUGAUGAUCCCAAAAUCAGGCAUGUCCUCAGAGUGGGGAAACUCCAGAGUGACAACCAAUACAGGAGUGGAUAUGCCCAAAACAGGGCACAGUUCCAGAGUCACCUCAACCAGCCAGGAUUCCUCCAUGCUAAGAAAAGCCAGCAGCUUGCAAGCAAUGUUAACUACAGGCAACCUUUGCACCAAUACACUUGUGAUCCUGAGCAGCUAAAUGUGAAGCAUGCAAAGCAGGCCUACAAACUGCAGAGUGAUGUAAAAUACAAGUCUGACUUGAACUGGCUCAGAGGCAUUGGCUGGACUCCACCAGGUUCUCACAAAGUCGAAAUGGCAAGAAGAGCUGCUGAGUUGGCAUACAUUCAGCAAAUGGGAUUGCAGGGUGCUUCUGCUCAAUAUGGACCUGGAGUUGACCAAUUGGAGACGGAAGGAUCUCAGCAGGUCACAGUCAACCCUGACGCUUCAGAAAUUCUGCAAGUCAAGAGAAGAAAAAUGCAACUGUACCAGAAAUAAACAGAUACAUGACAUAACACAAAUAGAUUUUCAUCCUGUCCUGCAAAUCCUGUAGCUUUUCCAGUUUUCAGAGAAGCACAAUAGAUGGCAUCUAAGAACUUACUGUUUUAAAAAGCAACUUAAACAUUGCAAUUUAUAACAUCUAUCUAUUUUUGUGUGGAUAUUUUAUCACUGUAUGUAUUACAGAACCUGAUAUUUAUUUAAAGCUGUAAAUGAAGUUAGUACUAGGUGACUGGCAGGCUCAGCUUUGUACUACAGAUGAAUGAACCUGAUUGGUAGAAUAGAAAGUAAUUUGUAAUGAAUAAAUCAGAUGAAUCUUAUUCC